AUGUUUAAUAUUCUACCAAAGGAGUUUCCAAACGUUCAAGGAGUUUCCAAACGUUCGCAGAUUUCCACCAACCCUUACGCGAUUGACGUGAUUCGAGCGAAGCGGAAGGAUCUGGUCUCUGGGAUCUCCCACACUGAGGACCUGCUGGACCUCCUCGUCACAGAGGGAGUCGUGCCCCCCGGGAAGAGAUCGGUGAUCCUGUCGUCCUUCAGGACGAGCGAGGAGAGGAACUCCAGGGUCCUGGACGUGCUGGUCUCCAAGGGGGAGAGGGCAUGUCGGAAGUUCUUUCACCCAUGUCUGAUGCUGACGGAGCCUGACCUGUACCAGAAGAUCAAAGCCUAUGUGGGGUGCGUGAAUGAUAACUUACGUGACUCCAGGAGACAGCUGAUUGGGUAUCUGUUGGAGAGGGACAAGCAGGGAUUGGUUAAAAAUACAUGCCCUGUUGUAACUCAAAGUACUUCUAAAGGAAGUAGGAAGCCUAAGGUUCAGAAAGAGGAUGACGGUGCAACUCGCCAAGUGGCAAAGGGAAAGGAACAAAACACAACACUACCCAAAACAGGAAGUUUAUUCAGCACCGUUGCAUUGGGGGAGCUCUCCUCAUUAGAGGAGAUUCUACAAGACACAGACGUCAACGCGGUCAAUUCCUCCAAUGAGACGCUGUUGCACGUGGCUGCAGAACACGGCCACCUGUCCAUCAUCGAGCUGCUCCUACACAGAGGAGCCCAGCUGGAUGUCAGGGACGAAGAGGGCUACACACCCCUGCAUAGAGCGGCCCUCAGGGGUCACAGCCAGGCAGUCAGGGGCCUCGUGAACGCCGGUGCCCCCAUCUACGCCCUGGAUAAACAGUCGAAGACCCCCCUGCAUCUGUCGGUGAAAAACAAGCACUUGGGUACAGUCAAAACCCUGGUAGAGGAGGAGAGGAAACUCCCCAAGAACCAGGCCCAGGGCUCGUUCCUCCAUACAGCAGCCAGGGAGGAUGACUCCCGGUUGGCUGAGGUUCUCCUGCAGUGUGGGGCUGUGGUGGAUGCUAGGGAUAACCACAAAUGGACAGCCCUGUUCCACGCGGUUAGCCGCGGCUGUGAGAAGACCGCAACCGUCCUGCUGUCAGCAGGAGCCACGGUCGACCGAGUCGUCAUAGAAACAGCCCUGGAGCUCAACCGGGGCCCCAUCCUCCGCCUGCUUCUGACUCACGCUGCAGGGGCACUCGGUUCCGAGGCCCUUGGAUCUGCACUCCUCUCGGCCGUGAAGAAGAACCAGGAGGAAGUGGUCGCCGCUCUGGUUGAUUGUGGGGCGGACGUGAAUGCCCGUGACCAACAGGGAUACACCCCUCUGCUCCUGUCAGCCGAGCUGGGACACACGGAAGUCUUCAGAGCCCUGGCAGCCAAACAUGCUCUCGUGGACGCGACACUUCCGAACCUGUGCUCAGCCCUGCACCUGGCUGCCCACAGCGGGAGUGUGCCCAUAGCUCAGGAUCUCCUGGAGAGGGGAUUCGACCCCAACACCCCGGGGCCUAAGGCCCACACACCUCUGCAUGUCGCAGCCCAGCUCAACAGGUCAUUUCUAGUGGGGUUACUGCUGAACUCUGGUGCUCAGGUGAAUGCAGUAAACCAGGACGGCCUGACAGCCCUGCACAUGGCCAGCCAGCAGGGCCAGGCAGAGGCUGUGACAGAGCUCCUGAAGGGCCAGGCAGACACCGGGGCCAGGGACCGACAGGGGAGGACAGCCCUGCACUGGGCAGCUUCGACCCAGAGAGAGAGCUCCGUGGUGGGGCUUCUGCUCUCUGCGAAGGCCGACCCCAACGCCACGGACAAGGAAAAGAGGACUCCUAUGCACCUGGCUGCCGCGGAGGGCAGACUGGACGCCGUGACGUCACUCCUGGCCCACAAGGCGAAGGGAGGGGCUAAGGACAUGGACGGCUCCACCCCUCUGCAUCAGGCAGCCGCCCACGGGCACGCCGGCGUGGUCACGGCUCUCCUCUCGUCGCUAAAGAAGAAAGAUGUGGACGAGAGGAAUGCGUGGAGGAGGACCCCUCUCCACGCCGCUUCCGAGAGAGGCCACGACGGCGUUGUCGAGUUGCUACUUCGCGGCGGCGCGAAGAUCAACGCUCUGGAUAACAGCAAGGACACCCCCUUGCAUUGCGCUUCCCGUUCUGGCCACCGGGAGGCAGUCAAGAGGCUGGUGGGCUGGGGACAGGGAGAGAGGAAGGGGAGGGCUGACCUCCAGGCCACCAAUAAUGUGGGGAAGACGCCACUAAAGGUGGCGGAAGAUGGGGACACCCGCGAGCAUGAAGACACCGCUACUCUGCUUAAGAAGAAGAUGCUGCUCAUCAAAUAG